UUGUUGUUUCUUUUAAUGAUUGAUUACUAGAAAAUAAUAUAAGUGUACAAAUUGUUGUUGUUAAACAUAUUGUUAACAUGUGUGUGAUAAAUUUUGCAUUGAUAAAUAACAUCACCCAUUACAAUUAGACAAUAGAGUGUACAACGCCGGGACUCGCAAAUUUUGCAAGUGCUUGCUACUAGAGCUGUUUUGGCGUCUUGGUUGUGUAUGAACUUUGAAUGUGUUGUUGUUGUCGUUUUUAUCUUGUGGCAUGCGAACAAAUGGGAGCGCAUUGUGGAGGCCGCCAAACAGUAGACGUUGACGUUGUUGUUGGUUGUUCAGAGACCUGAUGAGCUCAUAAACCAACCAUACCCGAAUGAACUUGUUUUCUGUGUUUUGUUGUCACACACUGCGACUGUUUCUCCAUGCUGCGGCUGCUGCUGGUGCUGUGACUGCUCAUGCUUCCAUGCGCACGCAAGCCAGCAGUUAACUUUCGACAGUCGGAACAAGUUUGGAGCACAAAUUUCAUUUCGUGAGAAGAAAAAAACAUCUAUGAACAUUUGUUGUGCAGUCGUCAGUCGUUCGUUGGAUACGUGUUACGUUAGCUGUCUUCUAAAAAGUGUUUGCCUACCAUCAUACAACGCGGUAUAUCGAAGCAUUCAGAGAGCAAGAAAAAAUCCAAAAAAAAAAAAUAUAUAGCAGAAAACUAUACAUUGGUGGUUGUAAAAAAUAAAGCAUUUUUGAUGACGAAGUCCAAACACCAAGUCUGCCUACUGUUGUGCUGCUGCCCAAUCAAACAACAAUGAUGACAUGCAAUGAGUGAUUUGUGGAAUAAUGAAUCUUCAUUGCAUUGUGCUUUUCCUAUUCCUAAUUGAGGAAGAAUUCUAAUUAGAACAAUUAUUGAAAUUGUAAGCAUAUAAGUGGCAAAACCAAACCAAAAACCUUAACUUCUUAACAAAUCGAUUGAAAACAUUUGUACGUACAUAGUGCACAUUAUCUACCCUCCAUGGCCACAUGUAUGUACAUUACAAUAUAAUGCGAGAAGAAAAACGGGCUCCCAGCAAAUGAAAAACAAACCACCAUCGCCAUCAUCAUCGUCAUCGUCAUCAUUGCCAAUCUAUCUAUACAACGAAUAUAUUUUGUGCUUGUGAAAAUAAAUCAAUAGAGAAAGAAGAAAGGCAGGCAGAGCAUAGCAGCCGCAUUGUUAAAACCCAGCCAAGUUCUGAGCAAAUUAAAGAAAAAUAAAAAACGAAUAGCCUAUGAUUAGCUCUAAUUUGUAGGGGAAAAUAGUCAAGAAUUUAACUAAGCCCGUAAAGUGAACUUUUUCUACAUUUAAACAACACACGUUUUGUACCUAUUAAUCCAUGGCCCAGAGCUCCUCCAAGACGGGUUCAAACACUAACCUAAUGGCAAGUGGAACUAGUACCCCCAUACGCAUUGGCAGUUAUCAUGGCCAUGUGUCAUCGAGUGGUGGUGGCGGCGGCAGUGAUUCGCCCACCCCCAUGGCUCAAUCUCAAACACAAUCACAACAAUCGAGCAGUGUUCCAACUUCUGCUGGACAUUUGGGUCAAAGUUCGGCUUCAUUAAAUAUGGGGCCAUCCACACAUCAGCAACAACAGCAGCAGCAACAACAACAACAAUAUCAUCAUCAGCAAUCGCAGCCACAGCAGCAGCAACAGCAAACAUCUUCAUCAACGAUUGCCAUGAGUUCCAGUGUCACACCACCAAAUAGCGCUGGUCUACGUCAAUCCGGAGCUUUUGAAUUCAAAUUCAUGAGACGGUCAUCUUUAAAAACUGCCCACUUGCCCAAAUUGUCAUCAACCGAUAGUUUAAGCUACAGUCCGGGUCCAUCAUCUCCAGGCCUUGCCAAUUGGGCAUCCGACAGCCGGGACAAAUAUGAUGGCAAUCAAACCGAAAAGACAUCAUCAGCGGAUGCCUCAAAACUCAAUCGCAAGGAGUCGUAUAAGGCGCAACGCAAAAAUUACCGGCGCGAAAAGAAACGUGUUGCAUCGGAGUUAUUAAAUUCUUUGCAGGAUCCAGCUGUGAUUGUAUUAGCGGAUUGGCUUAAGGUCCGAGGUACUUUAAAAUCAUGGACUAAAUUGUGGUGUGUCCUUAAACCAGGCCUAUUACUGCUCUAUAAAAGUCCGAAAGUUAAAAGUAGCCACUGGGUGGGUACCAUACUGCUGACGUCAUGCCAGGUGAUUGAGAGACCCAGCAAAAAGGAUGGUUUUUGCUUUAAGCUCUUCCAUCCUUUGGAACAAUCGAUAUGGGCUCCCCGAGGACCUGAUAAGGAAACCAUAGGAGCUGUUGUCCAACCAUUGCCCACGGCUUAUCUAAUAUUCAGAGCCCCCAGCCAGGCUGCCGGUAAAUGUUGGAUGGACGCCUUGGAAUUGUCUUUACGUUGUUCGGGUUUGCUAUUGCGUUCCAAUUCUUCUCCUGGGCCCAAUCAGGGACCCGGUGCCAUUGAGGCCUCCAUAUCGCAUGAAACCCAAUGGUCAGAGGCCGAUUAUGAAAAACAUUUUAACGAUCAAGAAAAAUUCCAAAAAAUAUCACGCAAAUCCCAAUAUCUGACAGUACCCCAUGCACGCGAUGAAACCGGCAGUACCGAUACGAGUAUCUAUAAUCCAUCGCGCUCGCAAACACCUUUGCUCCAACAGCUAUACAUAACAAUGACCAAUUGGGAACGCGUAGUCGCUGAAAAUGCUAAUCAAUUUAAAAAGUCUAAACAUUUGCCCAAAUUUCGCAAGAAAUUGAAACAUCCAGCUAUGGAUAAUCUCGACUUUAGUGAAAUCUCAAGUGCUGAUAUCUCGCCCAAGAAAACUUCUCAUGAAUCUUUGAAGAAAAAACGAAAACAUUCCUUGUCGAGAUCGUCUUCAUUGCGUUCGAUUGGAAAGUCAUCGUCAUCAUCAUCGUGUUCUUCGGAUGAAGAGUACGAUAGAAUAUUGGGUUUGAUACCAAGCAUAAUGAUUGAUUCGCGUUCCGUUAGUGCUCCACCGGUCGAUUCUCGGCUUUUAACUUAUUUCCCCUUAGAUUUGGACGCUGACAGUCAAACGGAGGCUCCAACAGGUAUCAUGUCCGGAGUUGAUACAGAUUCCGACUCAGAUGGCAAUGAUAAUGUGGUUGAUAAUCAAUUACAAGCCAUCGAUAAUGAGGAGCCCAUAGAGACGCCGUAUAUUCCAUCGCCGGAAGAGGAACUUAAUACGACAAGUGGCGAACAGGUUGAAGAAUUGGCCGAAGAAAAUAAGAGCUUGAUUUGGUGUCUGGUAAAACAGGUCCGUCCAGGUAUGGAUUUAAGCAAAGUGGUUUUACCCACUUUCAUAUUGGAGCCACGUUCAUUUUUGGACAAACUUUCUGAUUCAUAUUAUCACGCUGAUAUUCUAUCAAGAGCUGUCCUUGAGGAUGAUCCAUUUACACGCAUGAAAUUGGUUGUACAAUGGUAUCUGUCGGGCUUCUAUAAGAAACCCAAAGGUCUAAAGAAACCCUACAAUCCCAUACUGGGUGAAACCUAUCGCUGCUAUUGGGAACAUGACAACGGUAGCCGUACUUAUUAUAUUGCUGAGCAGGUCUCACAUCAUCCACCGGUCUCGGCUUUCUAUGUUACAAAUCGCCAAGAAGGUUUCUGCAUCAGUUGUUCCAUCUUGGCCAAAUCGAAAUUUUACGGCAAUAGCACUUCAGCGGUGCUUGAGGGUGUGGCUACGCUAACUCUCUUGCCGCGAGGCGAAAGUUAUACACUAACCACACCCUAUGCCCAUUGCAAAGGUAUUCUUAUGGGUACUUUAUCCAUGGAGUUGGGUGGCAAGAUAAAUAUCGAAUGUGAGAAUACUGGCUACAAGACGGAACUAGAAUUCAAGUUGAAGCCUUUCUUGGGCGGUGCCGACAGCACUAACAUUGUAGCGGGUAAAAUACGAUUGGGCAAAGAGACACUGGCUACCAUUUCUGGGCAUUGGGAUGCAGAGAUGCGUAUUAAGGAUGCCAAAACUGGGGAAGACUCCAUACUAUUUGCGGCCACCAAGGAUAUCAUGAAGAAACGCUUGAUGCGUUAUGUGGUACCUUUGGAUUCCCAAUUGCCCAAUGAAUCGGAACGUUUAUGGAAUUUGGUAUCGGCAGCCAUUCGACGGGACGACCAGGUGGGAGCUACGGAAGAAAAAACAGUACUAGAAGAGUCACAGCGUAAUGCGGCCAAAGAACGUAAGGUAACAUUUACGGAAUGGGAACCGCUGCAUUUCCAACAGGACAUCAUAACAGGAAAGUGGAUUUAUAAAUAUGCCGAUUUGCGUCCAUGGGAUCCACGCAAUGAUGUCAAACAAUUCGAAUGGGAUUACAAGAUUUUAACAAAGACCCGGCAUCAAGCGCCCAUGGUACGGACCGCAAGCAUUGUCAGUGUUGAUCCCAUGCAUGUGAUACGCAAUUGUGCUUCUGAUCAAAGACAAUCAUCUUUAGCCAUGAUGAAGGCCAAACGCAAAACUAAACAAUUAACAAAACUAGCAAAUGAUCCAAAUAAUUCGGAUUCGAGCCAAUCACCAGAUGACCUUAAUGAUCAUCCCGUUUCAUCGCAUACCGUCAGAAAACUAAUGUUGGCUGUGGAUCAGUUAAACAAUGCUUUGGAUGAUCACAAACGUCAAUUGGUUAUGAUCAAUGCCAAAUUGGAACGUUUACAAUAUGCACCACCACAUCAUACGGAGCAUUCAUCAUCGUUUUGGGGUGUGAUAACAAGGACCAUACCACAGCCGUUGGUCAUAAGAGCUUUAGCUUAUGCAUUUGCAGCUUUAUUAGUAAGCCUUUGCCUCAAAUGGCUUUUACACUAGUUAACAGAAAUAUUUAUGAAAUUGUAUUAAGCAAAAAAAAAAAACAAAAACAACAAAAUAAUAAUUCUCUAAACCCACACACGGACAAAAAAAAACUAAAAACACACUUACUCAAACACAAAUACAGACAAAAAGCCUAUAGACCCAUAUACACACACCGAAAAACAUAAAGAAACAAUAGCAAAGAACUUAAAUGAAAUCUUUAAGGAAAAAAUAACAUGGAAAACCCUAAGCUUAACACAAAAAAGUACUAAAUACAAAUAUAUACAUACAUACAUAUAUAUAGACAUUCAUAUUUAUAUAAAUACAUACAUCUAUUAUAUAUUUUUGCAUUAAUUCCUAAGCUCCGGGUUUUGACAAUGCUAGAUUUAGUAACGCGAUUUAUAUGUUAUAGUUAUCCCUUAGCUCCUAAACCACAAGCCCUAAGCCUUCCUCAUCAUACCAUUUAAUUUUUGUUAACAACAUUUGUGGUUUCAUUGAGACUCUACCCCCCAAAAAAAAACAAAAAAAUACGUUUUUUUCGUAUAGCUAUGAAAUUCAUGAAGAAAUUGUUUAAAAACUUUUGACAAAAAACCAAUUAAACUGUUAAUGUAAUUUUAUUAAAAAUUAAUAGAUAUCAAAUAUUGUAUACACCUACGUUUAUGCAUAUUCAAGCAUAUUCAUACAUACAUAUACACAUGUAUUUGUUUAUAAUGAUGAUGAAUUAAUUUAACUUUGACUUCUUUUUUGUCAUUGUAUUAUUAUACAUUUAGCAUAGAAUUAUUAAUGUUGGAAAUUUCAUUUGAAUUCCACGCCUAAUUCCCUUUUUGAGAGGCAUUAGUUUAUGGUAAAGAAAUUCGAUUUGUUAUUGAAUAUGAUACUUCCUGUAAGACCUAUUGUGUAAAUUUUUUUUUUUUUUUGUUUCAAACUUUUUUCCAUCCCCUUGCUUCCUGUUACUCUCACUCUCACUCUGUCUCUCUCUAUACUACAACAGUUUUUAGCUAAUCUAACAAAUACCAUUUACAAAUUAUAUGAGCAAAGAAAAUUUAAUAAAAAAAAAAGUUCAUUAUUAUGCACUGCACCUACAAAUGAAAUCAAUCAACAAUCAAUUUUUUUAGAACAAAACAAAUAUUCACUUUUGAAUUUGAAAGCGACUUUUGUAAAUUUAAGCAAACACCCAAGCAAAGACAUGAUGAUAUUGCUAAAAUCAACCAGAAAAUCAAUACUUAUGUAAAAAGUCACUAUUAUUCUUCUUAUUUUAUUCUGUUACAAAUUAAAAAUUCUUUAAUAAAAAUUACAUUUCCAAUGAAAA